CAUCUAAGUACCUAAAACUCCCUUGUAACUCCCUUGUAAAUCGAUGGCGGUCGAUGCCCUGGGCGAUCCACUAUUGGGACCCUACACCUUCAAUACUAAACUGUAAAAGGGUACGUAUCCAUCAUGUGGCCCACUGGUACAACCCUGUCAGGCGGUUUAGUUUAGGUGGUUCCUGGGGGAUUUGCUCUUUUCCUUGCUGGUCUUAUUAGGCGCAUUAUUCCAUUAUUCCAGCCCUCCCGCUCCCGUCUACUUCCACUCGUAGCUCCCACUUUCCCACCUACAUACACCACUUACACCUUUCCAUCCUCCCAGCAACCGUUGAUCGUCCACACCUCCGUCGCAUUACAACUUUCUGUCAACUCCUACAAAAUAUACUAUCGCAAAAACAUAUUCGCAUAGAAACAUUCAAAAUCGCAAUAAACAACGUAUCAAACUAUUUGCGCAUUACUACACUCUAAAAGAGCUGUCGCGCGCGUCGCAUUCGAAAUCUCUCAAUCCUACAACCUUCACCUCGACCAAACACCAUAGCGCAUUAUCGCAUAACAAAAGCAACCAACAUAAACAAAUUCCUAAGGAAAGCGCCCGAGAUGUUAAUGCCUUCGGCGCUUUCCUGCGACUCGUCGCAUCCGCCUGUUACCAGGCUACAAUCCGCUCUAUUCGCGUCGCCUCCCGCCAGCCCUCCCAGCAGCGCGCACAGCAGCACAUUCGGAAACAUAUUCAGCUCGUGUCGCACGCUCCAAUCUAUGCUUACAUCCUCCCCCGCGACACCCGAGCCCCAAUAUGCCGACGCGCAACGAGACUCGCUACCUACACCACCAAUGACCCAUACCUCACUUCCACCUCUAAAAUUGCGCCUGCGAUCGCGCAAGUCUGAGGCCAAUGGAGACGUCCUCCCACGCAAGAAGGUCGUUAAGCGGUCUGCAGCGCCUCCUCGCGGCGUAAAUAAGCGACGUCGCGCCGUAGAGGACGAUAUGGGACGUGAUGACGACAUCGAUAGCGACCUUGAGAUCGGUUCUUCGGAAAACAGUCAGGAGACCGAAGAAUCACCAUUCCGACCUAGCACACCCAAGCGCGCGCGAAUCGCGCCGGAAGUAAUUCCUCUAGGUCUAGAACGAACAGACUAUCACAAUUUACAAAACACAAAUGGGGAAGAGAGUACAGCGGAAGGCACGGAAGUGGAGAUAGAAGCUGACGGCGAACGGUGGAGCAAAGAGGAUGACCGGAUACUAGUCGAGCUAGUCCUAGAGAAACUCAAGCUCUCUAAGACGGAUUGGCAAGACUGUGCCCGGAGUCUAGGGAAAGACAGGAGUAGCAUCGGGCGAAGGUGGAGGAGCCUGAUGGUAAACGGGGACGUCGGCCUCAAAUCGUCAAGAACACGACGAAGCAAGAUCCACAGCACCUGGAGGUGAAGUCUACGUGCUAUUACAAUUUACCUGUCUAUCAUUUACUUUUCUAUUUCUCUACUAUCUAUUAUUCUGUUAGAACCUCAGGACUCGAGUUCUAGAUGUACUUUUUUUCGUAUGGAUAUUACUGGGGCGAAGGCGGAUGGCAUGGUACGAUAGGAAAGGUCGGAUUAGGCGCUUGCAAAGGGGACGGGUUUCUGUAUAUGAUAUCCCAUAUCGCGCGAAUUUGCGCUUGAUAGUUGAGGCUCGGUGGUAAUUGCUGCUUUACACUAUGAAUAUCAACACCCGUUGAACAUUA